UUGGAGGGAGCUUGAAGUGACAAAACAACUGGAUAGCGACGACAUUCAAAAUGGGUCUAUUGUCCAUCAUCAGAAAGCAAAAGCUUAAAGAUAAGGAGAUUCGAAUCUUGAUGCUAGGCCUCGACAAUGCUGGCAAAACUACAAUUGUGAAGAAGCUUUUGAACCAAAACAUUUCAGAGAUAUCUCCUACAAUGGGAUUCCAGAUCGACACAUUGGAAUAUAUUGAUCCAGACUCAAAAGACAGCUUCAGGUUGAAUGUUUGGGAUGUUGGGGGCCAGUCGACGCUCAGGCCCUUUUGGUUUAACUACUUUGAGAAAACAGACUCGUUGAUUUGGGUUGUGGAUAUUCUAUCAAUGGAAAGGAUGCAGGAGAAUUUUGUUGAGUUCGAGAAGGUAUUGAAGGAAGACAGAUUGAUUGGGUCGAACUUGUUGAUCUUGGUAAACAAAACUGAUUUGCUAGAGGGAAACGACAGCAGUAGAGUGGACGAGAUAUGCCAUCUAAUUGAGGAGUCGUUGCAGUUGAAACAGAUUAAAAACCACAACUACAAGCUACUACCAUGUUCAGCCUACACUGGUGCUAAUAUCGAAGAGGGAAUCAAGUGGAUAGUGGACGAAAUCAAAGAGAGAUUGUAUCUCUACCACUAAACCACCUUCAUGAAGCACCAAAAGCACCUUCCCUCAAAGAGAGCGCGUCAAAAUUACCGGAAACAGAAACUCUGCUUUCAAUCACACCAAUCACCUGACUUUUCAGUCUCAAAUGCCGAG